AUGGCGAGCCGCGAGAGAAGCGUCCUGGUCCUGUAUGGGUCGGAAACAGGCAAUGCCCAGGAUAUAGCCGAAGAGCUGGGUCGGCUGUGCCAGCGGCUCCAUUUCGAGAGUCACGUUGACGAGCUCGACGCCACGGAUCUUAAUGCCCUGCUUCAGCACCAGCUUGUCAUCUUUGUCGUAUCGACAACCGGCCAAGGUGACAUGCCUCACAACUCCCUCGUCUUCUGGAAGAAGCUCCUGCGGAAGAAGCUGCCACCAAACUGCUUGAGCCGCUUAAAGUACACCUGCUUUGGUCUCGGUGACAGCACAUAUCUCAAGAAGCUCGUGCGCAGACUCGACCAGCUGGGCGCUGCCACUUUCAUUGACCCCUACGAGGCAGAUGAACAAUUUCCAGAUGGCAUUGACGGAAGCUUUGUACGAUGGGCCGAAGACCUAAAGAAGCAUCUCUUGCAGCAUUAUCCACCUCCCUCAGGCUUAGAGCCCAUCCCCGAUGACACAAUUCUCCCUCCACGCUGGUCCCUUGCUCCAGCUCUAGGUGCUGCUCUCGGAAAGAUUCCGGAACUUGAUUUGUCUUCUCUCACAAUAAGUCAAACAAACGGCACGCCCACGAAGCCCAAUCUGCCGCCUGACGGUCUCCUACCUAUACCGGCCGGAUGGACAGCAACCAUGACAGCAAACGAGAGAUUGACGCCGCAGGAGCACUGGCAGGACGUCCGCCUCGUAACAUUCGACAUACCCGCCCCUCCGUCAGGCGAAAGACUUCGACCUGUCCCAGGAGACUGUCUCACCCUCUAUCCCAAGAACUUCCCCAACGACGUCCAGAAGUUGAUCGAUCUUAUGGAGUGGAACAGCAUUGCCGACAGCCCCCUUGACCUAUCGACCUGCAAGUCUCUUCCUCGCAACCUUUACUCCCCAACAUCAUGUACUCUUCGCGAUCUCCUCCUCAACAACAUUGACAUAACCGCCAUCCCACGCCGCUCCUUCUUGAAGUACAUGUCCUACUUUACAUCCGACGAAUAUCACCGCGAGCGACUACUAGAAUUCAACAUGCCCGAGUACAUAGACGAAUACUUUGAUUACGCCACACGCUCCCGCCGCAGCAUCAUCGAAGUCCUCGACGAAUUCACCUCCGUCAAGAUCCCCGCCGAGCGCCUCCUCGACGUCUUCCCCCUCAUCCGAGGCCGUGACUUCAGCAUCGCCAACGGAGGCGCAACAGUAACCCAGGCCUCUCAAGACAACGCCACCAGAGUCGAUCUAUUAGUCGCCAUGGUCAAGUACCGCACCGUCCUCCGCAAACCCCGCGAGGGCCUCUGCUCCCGCUACCUCGCCAGCCUUGCCCCCGGCUCCACCCUCCGCGUCUCCCACAAGCCCGUCCUAUCACCCAUCCACGGCGCCGCCAACGCCCAAAGGCCCCUCAUCGCCAUGGCCACCGGAACCGGCGUCGCCCCCGUGCGGUGCCUCGUUCACGAACGCCUAACGCAUCCCUCCCCUGGCCCCAUGGUCAUAUUCUUCGGCAACAGGAACCGCGCAGCCGACUUCUUCUUCGAAGACGAGUGGCGUGCGCUCGCGGAAGACGCGGCGAAAAGGGGCUCUGAGUUGCUGCUCUUUACGGCCUUUUCGAGGGACCAGCGGGAGAAGAUUUACGUGCAGGAUCUGGUGCGCAGGGAGUCACCCCGGCUGGAGGGGCUGAUUCCCCAGAGGGCCAUUUUUGCUGUUUGUGGGGGGUCGACGAAGAUGGCAGACGCGUGUAAGCGGGCUGUGUUUGAGCCGUUUACGGAGAAUGGUGAUGAGGUUGUGAGAAAGGAGAUGUUGGGCGGGAUCACAUGGUGGCAGGAGAUUUGGUGA